AGACGGUAGCCUAAUAUAUUUAAGGAGCAUAAAUAGAUCACAACCACUAUAUUGUCUUAGUUGGGUUUUGUUUGUUUGCUUAUUUAUUUAUUCUCAAAGUGUGGAUUGUAUUCAUCUUAUUAGUCGUUCGUGUUACAUUUUUCAAUUGCUUUUUAAUAGACCUAAACACUUAAUGUACACUAUAUGAUUGCUAAUGAGAUUCUGGUUAUAGGCUCCAUUUCUUUCUUAAACACGCCCCGAUUGAUGAGACAGUUAUAUAGGACCCACGGGGGGGGGGCAGCACUAUGAAUCAUAGCAGCGCAAAAGCUACUGCGUUGUCAACUCGUAUAUUUACCUGUAACAUUUACCAGACAGCUUAGAAAACCCGAAAAACGAUACUGCUACUUCUGUUUUCUUUACUACUACUGUUUGUAUAUUACUACUACUACUACUACUGCUACUAUACUACUGCUACUACUACUACUACUACUACUACUACUACUACUACUACUAAUAAUAAUAAUAAUAAUAAUAACAAUAAUAGGUCAGAAGACAAUACCGGGGAAAUUGCUACGACACUUUCAUAAAGGAACCUUCAACAUCCAACGAGCCUACAUGCAUAUUACGAGCAUUGAUCGUUACUCCUGACACAGAAGAGACCCAGGACUCCCAGAAUCGCAGUACCUUUCUGGAUCUCUGUAGCAGCCAUAACAGGAGAUCAGACACCAUGACCAAGAAAACGCGGCGAUGGAUUGUUCACAUAUUACUUUGUCUGGGGAUUGUCUAUUUAAAAAUUGGCGGAUUAUCUGUCAGAGCCGGCCCGACGCCAUCAUUAUCAUUGGCGAAGGGAUCCAGAUGGGCAUCGACGAGUGCCAGUUUCAGUUCAGGAGUGGACGCUGGAACUGCUCCGCGCUUGGAGAAAGAACUGCCUUCGGAAGAGAACUGAAAGUGGGUAGCAAGGAGGCAGCAUUCACUUACGCCAUCAUCUCCGCCGGGGUGGCCCACGCCGUCACCUCCGCCUGUGCACAGGGCAACUUGAGCGACUGUGACUGUGACCAAGAGAAACAAGGCUUCUAUGACCAUGAAGAAGGCUGGAGGUGGGGAGGCUGCUCAGCAGAUAUCCGCUUCGGCCUGGACUUCUCCAAGGUGUUCGUGGACGCCAGGGAGGUUAAGAAGAAUCCCAGGGCGCUGAUGAACCUGCACAACAACGAGGCCGGACGCAAGAUCUUAGAGAAGAACAUGCAGCAAGAGUGCAAAUGUCAUGGAGUGUCGGGGUCCUGCACGACCAGAACCUGCUGGACCACGCUGCCCAAGUUCCGUGAGCUGGGCCACAUCCUGAAGGACAAGUAUAGCAUAGCAGUACACGUGGAGCCUGUGGUCAUCAAUCACAAGAGGCGGCCUUUUCUCAAGAUCAAGAAGCCGAACUCGUACCGCAAGCCGCUGGUCACGGACCUGGUCUACAUAGAUAAGUCUCCCAACUACUGCGAGGGAGACCCGGCGACAGGCAGCGUGGGCACACGUGGCCGGGCGUGCAACAGGACAGCGCAACAGCCUGGCAGCUGCGACUUGAUGUGCUGCGGCCGUGGCUACAACACGCACCAGUACUCACGUGUCUGGCAGUGCAACUGUAAGUUCCUCUGGUGCUGCUAUGUUAAGUGCAACACCUGCAGUGAGAGGACAGAGGUUUAUACAUGCAAGUGAAGCAUGUGUCUUAUGCUUUUCGUUUGCUAUCUUGCAAUGUGAGACGUACAUGGAAUGGGAGGGAAUAGACAGCUUUUGCUCGUUCGGAGUUCUUUGGCCUGAUCUGCAUUUGGUGAUGGCUCCCCUUCAGACUUUGCUGCCAUGGAAUGUGGGGACGCAAAGGGAAACAGCACUGAGGUUUCACGAGGAAUAUGAUAUCAAAGUAUGGGGAGAACAGAAGCUAACGAGAUGGAAUGAUCCCAGAAAGCAUGCCUUACAGCUUGUUGGAGGACCGGAUUCCCUCUGGUCAGCACCAGGGGCGUUGCGGGCCAAAACUGUGAUAAGUGGGAAACCCAUCCUGCCCCAACCAUCGCUGUCAGUUUGUAAAGGAAUUCUUAGCACUUACACCAGUACAAGGGCCUAUCUACAACAGUGGUACAGGAGCAUACCUUCACCUGUGGUACAAUGGAACAGAAGUUCUGAACUUUCUCUUUUUUGCCAUGGUUUAUAUAGUGAUAUUUAACAUUUUAUAUAGAUAUAAUAUUAAUAUAUUUAAUGAGAAAACUACUGAUACUUUUUCUUACUGAUUUCGUUAAGGGGACAGAGACUACUGAUACAUUUCCUGGGAUGAUGUAAAGCCUUUCCAGUUGCCUUUUUGUGGUUCAUGGGAGUUUUAUUUACGAAAAAAAGUUCUGAGGGCAGAACAAAAAAUGAUUGGUUCAGUGAGAUAACCAAUCAAAUUGUGGAGGAGGUGGGUCCAAGCAAAUAGAGGAGGCAGUACUAACUAAUCAGAUGUCUUGGUCCUGCCUCCUCUAAUUGCUUAGACCCACCUCCUCUACAGUCUGAUUGGUUAUCUAUCUGAGUUAAUCAUUUUUUAAAUUCUGCCCUCAAAAUUUUUCUGUAAGUAAAACUCCCACGAGCCUUUUUGUGUUGCCUACUGAUGUUCAUGAGUGCGUAUUUUUUAAUACUAAUAUGAAAAGUGGCACCAUGAAGCUUUACCCAGCUGCUGAAAAAUACUCUGGAAUCAUUAUACGCUAUAAAAAGUUGCCAGAGUUGAAAAUGCAUACAGUAAUUAUUUGGAAAUGAUUCUUGAUGGUUGGUCAAAGCGAGAAGCUGUGAUUGAAAAACAAAAAUAUAAACUUUAAUUGUUUUUGAUGCCACAUUGACUAUUCUAACAAAUAUUUUUAACCAGUAGCAAUAAUCAUACUCUCAGCAAUUUUUCCCUUGUGUGGAAAAUACUUGUUGAAAGAAUAUAGAGUAUUUUGUUAGAAGCUAUUUUUGUAUGACUGUUUAAUUUAUAUGGUUGCUUGAUGCAUAUUUGUCCUGUUCAUGCCUCUUUCUGUCUGACUCAGUUGACAAAGCCUGGCAUAUACUAAAAUAUUGGUUGCUGUCGAUUUGGCCGGUGCGUUAAGUAUGUGUUAUUUCAGUGGAAAAUAGAGUAUAUGUGUACAACCUGCUUCAUUUAUCCAAUACAUGAACAGGAAUAUGCCUGCUGCCUUUUUGGAUUAACUCUCUGUUCUGCAUUGAUUGACGUGAGACUCAUCGCAUUGUCUGACAUAGAAAAAGGUUUGGAUGACAUAGGUUGUCUUCAGUAUAUUGUUGGUGCAAGACUGUCAAAGGUAAUGAUCGUAGGUUCAAAAAAAUCAGAUGAUCAGGCCAAUGUUCUACCAUACAUUGAUAACAAAUCACAGUGCUGCAGUCAGUUUUGCAAGUCGCUUUUGGUGUUAGAGGAUUUAUUGGAUCAAAGUCUAAUAUAACACUGAAGUAAUCACAAAAUUGCUAGUGUAUUAUGCUUUGGAUUUGUUUCAGAAAAAUAAUAGCUAUAUUUGUUUAAUAAAACUACUGCAUUCUA